GACCAGCGGAACCGGCGAUGCGGGCGGUGUGUGGGGUGGCCAUUCUGCUGCGGCGGGCGGUGGCUGGGGUCGGGGCGGUGCAGGUACGGGACUGUCGCCGCCCCCCCGGGAACCCCCGGCACACCGUGGACCUGCGGAGCGACACGGUGACCCGGCCCUGCGCGGGGAUGCGCCGCGCCAUGGCCAGUGCGGCCGUGGGCGACGACGACUACGGGGAGGACCCGGCGGUCAACGAGCUGCAGCACCUGGCCGCAGGGAUCCUGGGGAUGGAGGACGCUCUUUUUGUGCCCACGGCCACGAUGGCGAAUCUCAUCGCUGUGAUGUGCCACUGUCAGCGCAGGGGAUCUCAGAUGUUCCUGGGCCAGGACACCCACCUGCACCUCUAUGAGCAUGGUGGGGCUGCGCAGGUUGCUGGGGUCCACUCCCAGGCACUGCCAGAUCUGCCUGAUGGCACCUUUGACCUGGACCAUCUAGAGCUGACCAUCUGUGAGGCCCAUGGCAACCGGUACCACCCACGCCCCGAACUCAUCUGCCUGGAAAACACGCACAGCUCAGCUGGGGGCCGAGCACUGCCCCUUGCCUAUCUCCAGCAGGUGCGGGGCCUUGCUGACCGCUAUGGGCUGCGGGUGCACAUGGAUGGAGCACGGCUGAUGAAUGCAGCAGUGGCCCAGAAUGUGGAGCCAGCUCAGAUUGCCCAGCACUGUGACUCCGUGUCCUUGUGCUUCUCCAAGGGCCUAGGUGCCCCAGCCGGUGCGGUGCUGGCUGGACGCAGAGAGUUCAUCGCUGAGGCCUGGCGUGUGCGGAAGCUGCUGGGUGGGGGCAUGCGGCAGGCAGGAGUGCUGGCAGCUGCUGCCCGCCUCGGGCUGCAGCAGGCGGAGGCGACGCUGCGCAGAGACCACGACAAUGCCCGACGCUUUGCUGAAGGCAUCCAGGAGAUGAAUUUGCCCCUCUUCUCAGUCAACCUCGCAGCAGUGGAGACAAACAUGGUGAUGGUGACCAUCACAGGAAGUUGGCCAUCCCCUGCAGAGUUCUGCCAGCACCUGCAGGCAGUGAGCGAGGAGGAGCUGGCUGAGACCAGCCAGGCUGUCAGCGUGCUGUUGUUCCCCUGGUCAGCACAUACUGUGCGUGCUGUCUGGCACCGUGACAUUUCAACCCACGACACAGAGCUUGCAAAGAACAAGCUGGAGUUUGUUGCCAGGAAGUGCCAGGAGAAGCUGACCACGGGUAUGAACCCCUCUCCAAGAAGAAAGGGAGCCUGAGCAUCCUCUCAAUGCCAGCCCUGCAGCAGAUGCCUCCACUCACUGCUUGCAGGCUGGAGCAGCUGUCCCAGUCUUGUCCUGGCAGCCAGCAGCAAAGGGCAUCCAGGCAUAUUUCCAACUGUCAGCUCUGCAAAAGCAGUGUAAGCCCAGCCCCAAGGAGACCCCAGUCCAACCCUGCAGCCAGAGCACUUUUGCAGACAUGCCCAGAAGGACAGAGGAAAGUCCACAUCUCAAACAUCCCAGACCCCUCAAAGGUGGCAUCCUUGCCUCACUAUUCACCCUACAAACACAUCCUCAGAGCACCUUCUAGUCCUCUACAGAAGCUUUGCUUCUAUAACCUGGGUCUGCAGACAGCACCCAAAAGCAGAGCCAGACACCCCCCGCCCCAAAGGCCAGACACUGGCCCAUGUGCACCACACGUGCAAGGAUGCUGCAGCAGGGAGACAGAUCCCAAGAAGUGGUCAUGUCAGGACACAAAAUAAACACAUUCUGGCAGUA